AUGGCAAAGUCAUUACAAAAAUCCGAAUCUGGUAUUCCGGAAACCAUUGUCACCACCACCAACUUGACCAUGGCUGAAAUGCAGCAAAAACCUUCCACUGUGUUUCUGGAGAUCCCAGAAGGCAACUCCAACAUUCACCCCAACACCGGCCUGCGCAAGUCCUGGUCUGUCGGCUGCACACAAUCCCUGGAGCACACGUCUGGCAUGUGGUACGAUGGACGCGAGCACCCAUCCGGUGCCCUGGACGAUGUCGACUUUGAAGGAGACUACUUUGACGACGAAUUUGACGCCUGCUGCGGCCGUGAGAACGACAACGACGACCACGUGUACAUGAGCUACUACGGUGGUCAGGCCUACUACGCGGACUCGGAGGCCGUCUACUCGGACGAGGAGGGCGACUCCUUCGAUGGGGACGACGACGAGGAUGACUUCAUGUACAUGCGCCGGCCCAGGAGAGGCGCCAACUCGGAUUCGGGAACCGAGGGUUCUACCGGCAGCUGCGAACCUCCCAAGGACCUCAAGGAGAACAAGGAGCACUUUGAUGCCAGCAACUAUCCCAUCGACGCUCAUGCUCUGCAUGGGAAACUCGCAAGGCUGCAGAUCCAGAGCUGCACUUGA